GCGAUACCUGUUGAUGGAACUAAAUAUAAAGUUUCCGCAUUAAUUUUACGCGAACAAGAAAUGAGUGAAGAAUUUUCAAUCAGAAUGUUGUUUGACUCAAAAAUCAAAUUUACGUUCAAUAAAGACGAGGAACUGAAACAGGAAAAUUCCCGUGUUACGCUCAUGUAUCGGAUCGAUAUUGAUGUGAAUCGUAAUGAAAGUGGUGAGCUGGCUGUUUUCAAUGAAAAAAAAUGGAAACGGAUACAGACAUAUCAACUUUACAUCUCACGUAGCAAUUAUGUAUCAAAACUGCAUCACAACGAUAAUCGAACACGAACUUUACGCGACCCUCCAAAUGGCACGUUAAACUUUGUUUUGGACGAAAGCUUUUCUAGAGCUCAGUUGCGUAAUCCUCCAGGUAAGAAAUACAAAUAUUUCCAGUAGGCUAUAUAAGGCUUGUUUCUUAUUUCGGCAGGAUCGAACGUUCGCUGGUGGAACCGAGUGUGCCUGUUCACGAAUUAUCUAGUUCGACGUCAUGAUUAUGCUAAUAUUGAUGUAUUAAUCGACCAGUGCAAGGAAUUUCUCCGAAGCGACACUCGGCAGCUAACUUCAGAUGAAUUUAAGAGUUUUUUUCAAGAGUGUUCGACCUGCUUCACCUCUUUAUUAAAGCAUUCAACGAAUAAAAGCGAGCUUUUGAAACAUCUGCUUCGCAUAAUCGGACUGCUACCCAUUGAAAGGAAAAAUAUUGACUUGAAUUGUUCUCACACUCAGAAUUUCAUUAUGAUCAUCCUCCGAUGUGUUUCCGAUGAUUUAGAGAACCUUCUAGAAUCCGUGACUGCUGUCGAGUGGACUCUUUUUGGCGAGGGUCUCGCAGCGCUCCUAUGUGUCCAAUUUUUAGCCCCAAAACAUGGUAUUAAUCGCUCCGACAACGAAACCAACGACGUUUUUGCUUUGCUUCGUCGUAUUCCUGUAGAAAAUCAAUAUCGUCAUUUUGCCGAUAGUAUCCUUACACGAUUUCAAACUAUUCAGCAACCAUUAUCGAGUUCAAACUGGACCGACCUUAUGGUACGCAUAAAUUCUGAUCGUUUUGUAUUAAAUAUUCUUGAAAAAACAAAAUCGGUCAAAACAUAUUUCAAUUGGAUUACUAAAACUUUGGAAUUAUGUGCACAAGUAAAUGAUUUUCGUAAUAAAUUCCAAUUUGACUUUGAUGAACGCAUGGGCAAUGAUUUCGAAACCACUGAUAAUAUCGAAAUAAAUGACGAAGAAAUUCUACAAGAUACUUUCCAUACACCUAAUCGAUCAUCAUUCACCUAUUCGGUACUAUUCGAAGAUUGUUUUCAAACGUCAAAAGUUCGCAAAAAAGUUGUCGAUCGAUUAAUAAUUCAAUUGAACACAUGGGAAGAACAAGGUUUACGAGCAAAUGAGAUCCGUCAAUGGAAUAACUACGCCGAUGAUCAGCGUGAAGUUGCACGUCGCAUUUGGAAUUGUGUAUACGAUCGUGGUUCUCUGGAAUCUGAAUUGCCAGUAGAUGAAUUAGACAAUCAUGUUCCCCUUGUAUCUGACUCGUCAGAAUCUAACGUGGUUGUUCGUAAUCUAUGGACAUUGGAUGGAGAUCGAGCUGUUUCAACUGAUAAUUUGCAUGAAAUCACCACUACAUCAGUAGCGAUGGAUACGGAAGAUACUGAAUUCAAAGUUACUCAAAAAAGCUGUCUGAGUAUACUCGAAAAAGCGGCUGAGAUCCGUGGACUUUUCAGCAGUGAAUUGGAACAACUUUGCCUCAAAUGGAAGGAACUACCCAUUUCUUACUUGAGCGAAAUGUUUUCGAAUAUGCAAACUGCGGAUCAAGAUUUACAGACGCUCACACCAUUACUUGAUCGUGCCGUCAUUCCCGACUUGAAGAAACUAAUUGAAUAUUGGAAAAUUCAUGAACGGAUUGCGCAUAUUCACCAGGGUAGCAUUAAUGUUUUGAAACAUCUUCAAGGUCAAACCACCGAUGAACCAUCAUCUCCAUUGAAAGCUGCGCUAAAUACUACACAAGAACCUUCAGGUGCGGCAUGUUAUGAGGCCUAUGAGAACUAUUGUAUUAAUUAUUCGCAACAUUACUCAGAUGACGCACUCAAAUUGAUUGCUCAGUAUAGUUCGUCAGCCGAACUUCUCAUAUUUGUUCAUUCGUUAAGUGAAAACGAGGGUGACAGUUUACUUGAGGCAGUCAACGAUUUCGAUGAAACGUUGACAGAUACAAAAACAAUGGUAGAUUUUGCUGUGCUAAAGACAUUUAUCGAUCGUGCUUAUGCCAACAUCAAACGAGCUAAAAGGGAGACAACUGCAACACCAUUGAGCUUGGAAGAUGUGAUUUCCGCCUUUCAAAUUCUCAUGAAUGAGUCCGAAUUUAAAAACAUCCUCGAAUGUUUUGAGUCAUGUUCCAAAUCAUUAGAAAGCAUCAAACGUAUUCAUGGAGAUUCAACAAAUAAGGGGCAAUCUAAGCGAAAACGUAUAUUUGAUAUUAUGGCCGAUUCAAGUUUUACAUUUAUUCAUGAAUCGAUUAACGUAUCCGGCCAGGUCCAUGAUCGAUUUGAUAUAAAAAGUCAAAAACAAUCGAUGCGUUAUGAUGAUCUUAGUGAACUUCGUGAUCGUGCACGUCUGAUUGAGUACUCUAAUAAUAAAAUAAAAAACGAAACGGAUCGAGAAAUUGAAGAAUUACACAUGUUUGUUACUCUUGUUGAUACAAUCGAGACAAUCUUAAACAUUCUCACAUCGCUUUAUAUGGCUGGUCAUCCGUAUGUACCAGAAUUUCUAGCUUCUCGUAAAGUGUUCGAAUACAAAACUAGUUGGUUUGAAAUACGAGCAUUUAUCUAUCGUUGUUUUUAUUCUCAAACAUUACAGCAACUCAUUCGUCCAGAACUAUUAUCACCAUUGAUUCAAGAUCGUUUUGUUGGACUUCUAGCCGAGCUUUUCACCUCCAAACCAAAGCGAAAUUUUCGUAUGGGUAUUAUAACAACAUCUCAGACCGGCCAUUGGCAACUACUCAAUGGUUUAAGAACUCUUCAGAUAGUUUAUUCUGUUCACGAUCAAGAAAUGCUUGGAAAAGAGGAACUCGAGAAUACCAUCCAGAAACUUCUUGAAAACAACGAUGCAUGUGUUACAUCACAAAUAUCCGGUUUAGUUGAUGGAAUGGAGUUGCCAUCUGGUACAGCUAAAAAUCAAGCAUUGAUUGACAAUAUCUUCGUUCUUCUUGUGUGCAUUGUUAAUCGAAUUCCGGUUAUCUUAUGUGGCAAACCUGGUUGCAGUAAAACAUCCGCUAUACAAAUUGUAAUUAGCAAUCUAAAAGGCAAACGAUCCGAGCAGCUCUACUGUCGAACUUUACCUGAACUGAUCGCAGUUUCUUAUCAAGGUUCUCAAAAUUGUACAUCGGAAAGUAUUAUUAAUGUAUUUCAACGGGCGAAAAAAUAUUUGAAAGCAAAAAGUGCCACAGAACUCUUGCCGGUCGUUGUUUUCGAUGAGAUUGGACUGGCCGAACUGUCGCCCCACAAUCCAUUAAAAGUGCUUCAUAGUGAGUUAGAAGUCGAUGCCUGUCAACAUGCCUUUGUCGGUUUAUCGAACUGGCGUCUCGAUGCCUCGAAAAUGAAUCGUGCACUCUAUGUCGCCUGUGCUGAUCCUGAUAUCAGCGAUCUUCAAAAUACAGCUACAACAAUUAUGUCUUCAAUGCUCGAUGGUAAAGAUCAAGUGAUUCGCCUUCAAGACUCGAUUUUGAAAGGUCUUGCCACCGCCUAUUUUGAUUUGUACGAACAAAUCAAUACUGAUCAACAAUAUAAUAACUAUUUUGGUUUGCGCGACUUUUAUUCCUUGAUUAAAGGUGUCGUCCGUGAUUUGGCUGAAACUAAAGAACAAGAUCGAUACGAGAGUAUUCGUCGACAAUUAAAAAUCAACUUCGAUGGCAUAUUUGAUGGGGCGGAAUUCAUGUGGAAACGUUUUUGUCGUCAUACAACUCGACAACACUUAACAACUCAAUAUUCAUCACCAACAUUCAAACAACUGCUCGAUCGAUCGUUAACGUCACGUACUGGUCGUUAUUUAAUGUUAAUUGGUGAGAAUGAACGAGCCAUCGACUAUGUUGAACGAUAUAUCAUCGCUAAACAACAAAGAUCACCUGUUCGUACUCUAAUUGGAAGUUCUCUUUCGGGAGAUCUAGUUUCUGGUACAACUUAUACUGAACAAUACAAUUAUCGACUACUAAUGGAUAUUAUUCUUCAUGCCGAAACAAAUGUCACAUUAGUGAUGCGUCAAAUGGGUCAUUUAUAUGAAAGUCUGUAUGAUUUAUUCAAUCAAAGUUUUGCCAUUUCUGCACGAAAGAAAUAUUGUCGAAUCGCUCUGGGUGCUUUCUAUCAUCCUCGAUGUCUUGUUCACGAUGACUUCUAUUGUGUUGUUUUCAUACGACAACAAGAUGUAGCCAAAUGUGAUCCACCGUUUCUCAAUAGAUUUGAAAAACAUCUUAUUGAUAUCAAUAGUCUAAUUCAUGAACGGCAUGCAUCAUUAACCAGAAAAUUUCUUGCCUGGCUAGCCGAACUCCUACCUACUGAAGGCAACAAACAUUUUCCUCUUCUACAACAUCUUUUCGUUGAUUACAGUAAUGAAUAUACUUGCAACUUGGUCAUGGAUGCAUUCGAUCAUUUGAAUAUAUCCGUCGAUGAUAGCGAUGAUCAUACGGAUGCCGUAAUGGCUUUCUUGUCUGGCUUAAGAUUACCAUGCGCGCAAUAUGAAUAUGAAACCAUUCGAUGCAUUCGACAGGCAAUGGGGCAACAUAUCCAGACAGAAGAGAUAGGUCUUGAUCAGCUCAAUCGUUCGCCCGUCGAGCAAUUGGGACAUCGCAGUGCUUUUGGAAAGAAUAUUGAAACAAUUUUUAACGAUGAAAUUCUUUUUAAUCAUUACUAUCAUGAUCAACUGGCAUUGGUUCAAGAUGAAACGAAAAUUUACCAAUUAUCAACAACAUUCAUUCAAAGUUUGCUUUCAACCAAUUCGAUUCGAACUGUUGAAGAACGGCUCAAUCAUCUAUUUACUGGUUAUGAAGAAUUAAUAGAAUUACUACGACUAUUCGAAAUUGGUGUACAAGUAAUCGUUGAUGAAAAUAAAUUUAAAUUCGAUCAACAAUUUAUCAAUCUUGAUAAAGAAGAGUAUCCAUCGAAUAGUAAUGAUAGUGAUUUUUACUGUCUCGUUUUGACGAAUGGUCAGUUCUACUUGAUACCACCACGAGCAUCAAUGACCAUGGAAGAAAAAUUUACUUGCGAUGGUGAUCCAUGGAUUGAAACUAGUCUCAUGAAUCUGAUUGAAUUACUGGUCCAUCAAUCGGUCAUUAACAGUGUUAAAGAUAUUGAACAGUUGACUAGUGUCUAUGGUCAGAUUGCUCAAGGUAUACUGGAAUUGAGUAGUUAUUCGGUCAAUAAUCUAGAAAAAUUACGUUCAUAUACUAGUCUUCUUCGAUGUAUUACAGCUCUGUCACCCAGUGAACAAGCGCUGGAAACAUUCAAAAUGGCUUGUUUUAUCGGUAAAUUCGAUGAAGCGUUUACGUCUUGUGAUACAAUUCAUUCAUUCAUAAAUUAUCUAGAGAAAAUUAUUGCUGAGCAUCAACCGACAAUCAGUCCUACAGUCAUUCGUCAAAGUCUACUCAAACUUGAAAUGGAGUUUUUAAAGAAUUGGCUUGUCGAUAAUAGUGAUCAAUAUAAUAACAUUCUUAAAUUAAUCGGUCAAUCCAAAGAUAUGUGGCAAUAUUCCGCAAAAAUCUUUUUCUAUAUUGAACGUAAACUUAAGCUGCCAUCUAUCAUUGAAAACAAUCAUGGUCGAAUUCCUGCAAUCGAAGAUUUAGCACCACUAGAUCAGUUUUUACAAGAAACAAAUGAUUCGACAAGAAAAAUAGAACGUCUUAUCGUCAAUCGUCUCCAUAUGAAACUUGUACUUGGUGCCAGCGAAUUGGAAACAAUUGAACAAGUAUUAACAAAUGAUUUUGAACAGUUGGAAAAGAAUAUUCGAUUAGUUCAGGACGAACAAUCUCAUAGUAAUUUAGAGUUAAUUUGUUUAAUUAGUUGGCUAAAAUAUUAUGCUCAAUUAUAUGCAUUUGCACUUAACCAUGAUAGUCACAAUGAAAUUAUGCUACGACUUGAUCGAUUCUUUGCCAGUGAUGAAACAUCGUUUUGUGCGACUCUAAGACUAUUCAUUAUUAAACAAUUGUGUCAAAUGUUCAAAGUAAAUCUGCAAGGACUACGUGCUAUAUUUAUCAAUCGAAACCUUGUUUGGAUUCGUUCGCUCAUUUCUCAAUCAUCUAAUCCAGACGGUAUGCAACACAGUCUCAUUCUUCCAACACCCCUAUUCGAGUGUCGAACUGAAUUCGAUGAUGUUCACGGUAUAUUAAUCAAUAAUGGAAAAAUUGAUCAAUGGAAACAACUGAUUGUUCGAUGUUCUGGUAACCAAAAACUUGCCUAUAGUUUUCUCAUAUGGUUUAUACACCAAUAUUCACAUUUCUAUACAGUAAAUGCAUUACCAGAUAAACGUUUGGUACAAGUCAUUGAACAUGAUCUAAGUCAAGAAUUAAACGAAUGUUUUACUCUGAUCGGGUAUAAAUUUCUCAUUUCACUCUGCACAAAUUUUAACGAUGAUUCUUAUUUUCAAUUGCAAUCUACGAUGAACGAAGAUGCUGUACAUCGACGUCUGGUCGCAUUGGAUAUUAUUGCUUUGCUUAUUUCAUACAAAGCUCUCGGACGUAAUACUUAUUUAGGUAAUCUUCUUUUUGAUAGUAAUCAGAAAAUACCUGAAAAUUACACUGAAUAUGUACAAACGAAGAUCUGUUUGCCUGCUUUUCUGCCCAAUGAUCCAUUCAUUACCCAAAUGAUCGACGUGCGUACACAGAUUACAGCGCGUUUGCCAAGAAUUUCUCCGCGGAAACGUUUUAUUUAUCAGUGUUCGCACGAUUGUCCCUGGAUAUUCUAUUUUGAAAAUUGUGGUGAUCCGAAUGAUCGUCGUAAAUGUCCGAUGUGUAACAAGGAUAUUGGUGCUGUGCAAGAUGGUGUUCUCAUUGAACGCGAUCCACCUCAACUUAAAAUUUCGGUUGAUGAUGGUUUUCAAUUUAUUGCCAAAUAUAUUGAAGCUUAUAACCAAAAAGUUUGCUUUGGUUACCAUGAUCGAACAUCGGCAGAACAGAGUAAUACAGGAGAAAAGCCUGAUCAUCUUCAACAUUCAAUAUCCUAUCGUUUCAUUCACAUGUUCAUCCACGCAAUGCUUCUUUUCUUAAACGAAUUAGGCUAUUUGCCCGAUUUCGAUUUGCCUAAACGUGAACAUUUUCAAGAACAUUUCGAAAAAGAUUAUGCUCUUCUUGCUCAACAAUUGAAUGACGCCGAAGAAUGCUACCUCUGGUUGUUCAAACUAUUCAAUCACUUAAUCAAUGAAGAAUUUAUUCAUGAAGGUUUACUAGAUAAUCGUGAGAAAGUUGUACACUUAGAAACUUUCCUGGAAAAACAACUAAUUUUCCCUCAUUUGAAUUCUGUUACCGAAGAAAUUCGUCAAUAUAAACUUGCCUAUAUGGAUUUUCUUCGACAAUUCAAUGAAAAAUUUUCUAUGGAAAGAUAUGUCGAUGAAUUCCAGGAGAACGACCAACAGUUCCCAUUAUUACAUUAUUUUAACGUAACAAAUAUUCAUACAGCUAAUCCGAUGAAUGAAUUUUCUUCAAAACUUGCAAUAUUACCUUACGGUACUCAAACCUAUCCGCUAACGAUAUUUUUACUAGAAAAAAUAGAUAUAUACGCCAAUAUUCAACAUCUAUAUCCCAUUGUUGCAUUUACUAAUCAUUUAAUACAAAAAUUUGAUUAUCGAAUAAAACGGAAUGAUGCAUUGGGGAAAACAAUUUCUAACUAUUUAAAUCAAGGAUCAGAUAGUGAAAUAACUUUAGAUCUUUAUGAACAAUUUGUUGAUGCUUGGUACAAAAUUACUAUGAAAGAAGUUCAGUAUCGAUGUCAAACAGCCAAACUUGAACAUAAUAUUCCACAAUAUGAAUUUGCGAAAAAUACAAAAUUUGCUGCAGUAUUAUUAAAUACAUCGAAAGAUGAAAGUAGCAUUUUAUUAGCUGCUUGUUUGACCACCUUAGGAAAAUUACAAAAUGAGAUUGUAAAUUUUUUUCAUCAUAAAAUCAUUGGGAAUGAAGAAAGUUCGCGACGUCAACGGGCGAUUCCCAUUCAAUCGAUUCGAGCUGAGCAUGUUCUGAAGCUUACGCCGAAUGAUAUUAGUUUAAAAUUAAUUACUGAUGGUUUUACAAUCAAUUACGAGUAUGGUAUGGGUAAAGAUAUUAUUUAUGAUUAUGAAGAAAUCGAAUUGACUUUAUGUAAUAUGGUCAGUCGUUUGCCUUUGAUUAAUACAGAAAAACUGAAUUAUUUCAAUUAUCAAUUCGAGCUAUAUGGAGAAAACUCAUCCUUAAUUAACGAUGUACGUGCAAGAGUUAAGCAGGAAUUGUUGACUGAUGAUGAACGAACGAAACUUCAAGGAUAUAUCUCAGAGAUGAGUAAUGAAGGUAUUCUUCACUAUCUUGGUUCCCUUGAUUAUGUCUUCACUUAUUUGGCCACAAUCACUGCUGAAUUCGGAGAAGAUCCACCGAGUAUUCAAGCAUUUGUUCAAAAUUGUAUCAGUUCGACUGCAUAUCUUAACGAAAAUGUCCUACGACGACAGCCAUUUGCCGGAGUUAGUCUUAAGUAUGUCAUUGAUUUGUAUGAACUAUUAGAAGAAAGAGCAUUUGAUCAAGUUUUACGUCCCUACGUUAAACAAGAAUUAUGUGAAGAAACGUUUUCCUUGCAGGAAAGAAUACGUCUUAUGGAUGAAUUUGUUGAUUCAACGUCGAAUAAUAAACAAAUUGCUGCGUGCUUUCGAAACUUGAAUUGUUGGAUAGCUAUUCUCAAACGCAUUAUGGUGCGAGUACUUUCUAAUGUUAGUGUACAUCUUGAUGUACCGUUAAAUCUUUAUCUCGGACGUCAAGAUUUGUGGACGAGUGACAUCACUGUUGACAAUAUACAAACGAUUACCGUUAGUGAUGAUAUUCUCUUGCAACAUACAUUCAUCAUAUUGAAAGGCUUGGAAACUCGACGAGAUCGCUUAUUAUCUGGAACGAGUCAAGUGGACAUCGAUCGAAAUAAAACUAGUGCAAACGAACUGCAAACAUCUCAAGGACAAAUAAACCAAGCGAAAGCAUGGCACGUAACAGACAACAGGAGUGGCAAUACACCGAAAGUUAUUGGAACAGGAAAAGGCAGUGGGAAGAAACUACGUUAG